AUGGGCUUAACAAGAUUCACUCAAAACGGCCAAAUUAUCAAUUUACGAGACAACCGGUUGGCAGCAGAAUGCUUAAGAAUUAAUGGAUUGGUAUAUCUUUCAAUAUUUUUAAAUUAAUUUUUUAGUACAUUACAUAGGCACAGAAUUAAGUAAACAAAAAACAAAUUUUUUUUUAAAUUUAAAACUAGCGUUUUGAAUAAAUUUAGCAAUUUAAAACUUUUUUAAAAUUGUAGUUUUUCAGUUAUCACAAGCAGUUGAACGUCUGAUUAUUCUCGGCAUGAAAGUCGAGGCCAGUGACUAUGAGAACACUAAAAAGCUAGUAGAACAGUACAAUGUAAGUAACACUUCUUAGUCCUAACCUAAUUUUUAACUCUAAGUUAAGCGCUAUCCUAAGCUUUAGCUUCAGCCCUAGCCUAAGCCCUAACCUAAGCCAUAGCCUAAGCCUAGCCUAGCCUAGCCUAGCCUAGCCUAAGUCUAAGCCUAAGCCUAGCCUAAGCCUAGCCCAGAACCUUAUUCCUAGCCACAGCCUUCGUUCUAGCCCGACUGCUAGCCUAACCCUAGCCUAAGUCUCUGCUUAAGCCCAAGCCAUAGUUUUAUACCUAACCUAUGCCUUAGCCUUAUUAGCUGUAGUCUUAGUUGUAGCUCUAACUCUAACCUAAGUCGUAGCUUAAGCUAAAGCUCUAGCCUAAGCUUUAGCUCUAGUCCUAGCCCUAGCUGACUUUUUAGCCUUAGCUUUAGUCUUAGUUCUAGUUAUAGCCUAAACUCUAGCUCUAACCUUAGACUAAGUUUCAGCACUAGUCCAAGUGCUAGCCUUAGCCAAUUUUAAAAUUUAAAUUUAAAAAAUUCUAGUCCUUAAUCUGGCCCAACAUCUCCGAAUGCCACACCUGCCUAAAGCCACUUGCCACUUCAAUUCGUGCCUCCAUCGACGAAUGUCAGGUCAGCGACUCGAGGUUGACGAAGCUGCUCGAACUGAACAGGUUUCAAUUGGAGGCGCGUCAAAUUACGGAUGAACUGAUUGAAAAGAUUGGCAGAGAGCUGGAAAUAGCGUUGGAAGUGAAGAGACGGGCCAGAGUCAUCGACGGGAUUCAGAUAGAUCCGGAAAAGAUGAUCGAGCUUCAGACGUACAAAAACUCGAUUUCAAAGUGGCAGCUUUAA